CGGUCGCGUCGAACCCAAGCAGCCGACGCUCAUAUAAGGCGGUCGCCACCCAGCCACGGCCGCACCGCCGCAUCCUCCCAACCCGAGCACCCCCCGUCGCCGGCGAUCCGGUCCGAUCCCCUCGCCCACCAGCCGUCUCCGAGACCUCGCUGCCUCGCGCCUCGAACCCCAGGCCCAAGGAUUCGACGACCCCGAUGGCGCUGCCGAACACCCAGCCCGUGGACUACCCCAGCUUCAAGCUCGUCCUCGUCGGCGACGGCGGCACCGGGAAGACGACCUUCGUGAAGAGGCACAUCAGUGGGGAGUUCGAGAAGCGAUACGAACCAACCAUUGGUGUGGAGGUGCGGCCGUUGGACUUCACCACGAGCCAUGGCAAGCUGAGAUUCUACUGCUGGGAUACGGCCGGCCAGGAGAAGUUUGGUGGCCUCCGCGAUGGAUACUACAUCAAUGGCCAGUGUGCCAUCAUCAUGUUCGAUGUCACCUCAAGGCUCACUUACAAGAAUGUUCCCACCUGGCACAGGGACAUCAGCAGGGUCUGUGAGAACAUCCCGGUUGUCCUGUGUGGCAACAAGGUGGACGUGAAGAACCGGCAGGUGAAGGCCAAGAUGGUGACCUACCAUAGGAAGAAGAACCUUCAGUACUAUGAGAUCUCCGCCAAGAGCAACUACAACUUCGAGAAGCCUUUCCUCUACCUUGCAAGGAAGCUCGCAGGGAACAUGGACCUCAGGUUCGAGGCGGAGAUCGCGCUCGUCCCUGCCGACGUGACCAUUGACCUUGCUGCACAGAAGAAGAUUGAGGAAGAGAUUACAGCUGCAGCGUCGAUGCCCCUGCCGGACGAGGACGAAGAUAUCAUGGACUGAGCUGAGCUCAGCAAGAUGCUGUCAGGCUGCCAUAGUUUAGUUCUAGGUCUACUAGUUGGUGGUUUUAAGAGAGACACCUAUCUCCGUUUCAGAAUUUUAGUCGUAGCGUCAGGUGAAGCUGGUUUAAUUCUGUACUAGCUAGCUAUCGUCAGUUUCAGUGGUUGCCGAUGUGAAUUCCGUCUCAAGGAUCUACUGUAUUUGGAUGGUCAAGCUAUUUCUUGGUAUAUUCUGGAGAAAUAUAUAUAUGUGGUAGUUCUACUUGGCACUC